AUGGAGCCGACUGACCAGCCGACAAAGACUGUGGAAAUACCGCAAUUUACAGGCCAUGGCGAAGGCGACACUCACCUCUUAACGUCCUCUGAACUUACAUAUGCCCAAAUUGGACUUGCAACGGAACAUGAAAACAUAACCGAUGUAACCCAACACUCCUUUCCAACACUUCAACAAGACGGUGGUGAUCUUCAAGGUCAAGCCCUUUUCUCUUGGCAGCCACAAGAUCUCGGCCAACCAUCAACCGAUGCUACCACGGUCCCAUUAGAGAAUCCGACCCAAGCUCUCGACUGGUCCUGGCAAGCAUUGCCGUCGCCCUGGUCUCUGCAAGGUCAGAACCAUGAUAUCUGGCCGCAUCACCUCCAAUCCGGUCUAGACGAUGUGUCGCCGACAUGGGAAUUAGGUCAGGGCGCCGCCAGGGCACUCCAGCACUCGCCCAGUGUCCAGAUACAGCCAAAUUGCCUUCCGCGCCGAAGAAGUCGAUACCUCCGUAGCCCGGCCCUGCCAAUGGUUCCAGGAUCCAGCCCAAUACAAAUAUCAGGCUCCGGCACUUUGGUAGACAGUGCAAUGGACCCGAUACAGCGAUGGCGAAACUCGCCUCCAGAGACUGAGGCAGCUUCGUUAGUAGCCAUUGCAGACGCGUUAAGGAAUAACCCGCUUCGGGUUCCGGCAUCAACGAGUACAGGUAGCCUGACGAGCCGCCAGAUGGACGUCCGAGCGGGCUCAACAGUGAGCUUUACUAGCGGUUCAAGCUUGUCCUCUGGCUCUGCCACUUCUGCAAGCUCUGUAGCUCGACGUGGCCGCGUAUCGAAACGAACCCGACCGAAUGCAGCAAAAUGCAAAACAAUGGAGAAGAGAAAAUUCCCUUGUACAUUCUGUUGCGACUCAUUCAAAAGUAAGUUUGACUGGGCACGCCACGAGCAGUCGCUGCAUCUCAGUAUCCAGGGAUGGCGAUGCGCGCCAUACGGUAGCGUUGUGAUAUCGGCCACCACCGGACUCAGCAGCUGUGCGUACUGCGGUCUUAUGGAUCCGACACCGACACAUAUUGAAGACCAUGACAGUAAUCUAUGCAGACAAGCCCAGAUUUAUAGCCGGAAGGAUCACCUGAUUCAGCACCUAAGGUGUAUACACCAUGUGCAGGACCCUCCGCCGAUAGAGUCAUGGAGGGUCGAGGGGCCACCAGUAGCAUCCAACUGCGGCUUCUGUGAUUUACGUAUGGAAUCUUGGCAAGAGCGCAUAGAUCACUUAGUGUUACAUUUUCGCAAGGGCAAGACGAUGGAAGAUUGGAGAGGAGAUCACGGCUUUGAGCCCGGAAUCGCGGCCCAGGUCACGAAUGCAAUUCCUCCGUAUUUAAUUGCCUCUGAGUCAAGGACCUACGCUCCAUUCUCGGCGGCCGCUCCAAACCCGACAUCAGCAGAGCAUGUACAGCAGAUAACAAAGUCUGCCGAGGAAAGUUUCGAAGCUUGGAACGGCUUGGAGCUGCCACACGAGUCGGGAGAACCUACAAUGCCCCUCCAGGAUAAAUCUUUUCCUGAACUGUUUGCUUUCCACCUUGGUCGCUUUGCGCAGCAUCAGAUGAGGCUCGGUGUUAUCCCUACUGAUAAAAUGUUUCAGGAUGAAGCUAGGAGGCUACAAUUCGGCACGGUAGACCCGCUGGAUGAUACGGUCGCCGACAACGAAGAGUGGCUGUCUCGUUUUCGUAACCAACAUCUUGAGGACUCAGCAGACCGUCGAGAUAGCCUAGCCUGA